AUGGAUCUGCUGGUUUACUGGCAUCUCGCGACUAACCGGCAGUUAGUGGGCGGCAUCGUCAGCGCCUUCUUUCAUGCAAUCAUCACGGCCAGCUUCAGUAUCACAAUCCCACUGCACGUCCGCGCCGUCUUUGAAAAGGACAGCCUGGUGACUGGGAUUCAGUUAGCAUCCAUUAAGGGGCCCAAUGCCAUCUUCAGUGUUCCCGUUCGAUGGGCGAAUACCAGGAUCGGCACGAGGCACCUCACGUCGGUAGGCUUUGUGGUGCUCGCACCGCUGCUGUGGAUGGCGGGGGUCCCAGGAGAUACGAGAUUCCCCUGGGCUCAUGAAGGACGGCGGGGGCCGGUCUUGUAUGGACUCGCAAUAUCGGGAACGGGGCUCACGAGUCCCUUGCUGAAUGGAGUGAGCAUGAUGGCGGCGACCGGCGCAGCUCACGAGAUCGAAAUGGAGCACCCUGGACUCAUCGAGUCCGACGAUACAUACAAGAAGGCCGUGCAGGGUGAAUCGGCUCGGCUGGACGCUGGGCCUGUUUGUCGGCCCGAUCUGGUCGGGGCCUUUCACGGAGCGCGUUGGCUGUUUCACGAUGGCCUGCGCUCUCAGUCAGCGUUCCAUCCCUGCCGCAAUUCGUCAGGCGAGUCUAGCGCUAACGGGCGGCAGCUGGCCUCUGUCUGUUCUGCGCAUGCAUUGCAUUCUGAAACCUGCCAUCAUCCGGGGCCGCACGGCGUGCUAAUACGUUGCCGAGAACGCGCGGGGGUGAAGAAUGAGCGUUGCACUGCGAGCCGCUAUGAGAAGCUGUCGCUCCGGAUGUUCUCCGUACAAACUGGGCCACUGGCCGGUGCUCCGCCAAUCUCACUGGGUGCUGGGGCUGCGUUCCUUGAUUUAUGA